ACGGGUCACAGGUCAGAGGUCACGUGAUCUUGUUUUGAAGCCAAAUUCACUUUGACCCCUCUCACGUGGUCAGAAGAACAAACAGUUUGACCUGUUGACUGAACUCGUCACGGAUCAAAAUGAAUCAUAAAGCAUAAACUGUUUCGUGUGUUGACGUUUCUCUGAGUUUCACUGGAGGCUGAAACUGGAUGAAUCCUCCGGCAGGUCCUCGUCUCACCGAGGGGUGGCGCUAGACUCCGGAGACAGGAGAUAACGGGGGUCUCCGGCUCUGCGCGUGUCACAUGGAAGCACCGAGCGGAGCCGAGGGGACGCGCGGCGGGAUGGACGGAGCUUGAGGGACCGCGGAGGAACCGGGCGGAACCAGGACGCGUCGACUCUCCGGUGCCGGAGCGCGGACGGGUCGGACGCUCACGGACGCCACAUUGCGACAUGCUGCAGUCCCGCUCGGCGAAGACCGACAGCAACGACGAGGUGUCGCCGGUGAUCGAUUAUGCGCGCGGGCAGCGGCUCGUGGUCCGUGUGGAGGCAGAACGCUGAGGAGGAGGAGGAGGAGGAAGAUGCUCCACAGAUCUCUGAAUCCCAGUGAGACCGUGGCUCUUCCCCACGUGCAUGAGUCUGUGUGAGUGUGAGUGUGUGUGUGUGAGAGUGUGUGAGAGCAGGUGAGCGUCAGCGCUCCCACAUGGCCUCCAUGCAGGACGGGCUGAACUUCACGGCUCCUCCCUACGGCAAGGUCCUGCUGCUGGGCGCUAUCGCUGCUGCCUCAGCCUUCGUUGUUACCAUCCUCAUCGUGGUGCUCUGCGUGGGCUGCCAGAGGAAGGGGAAGACGCACAAUGUCCCCGGCGAAGGUGGAAAACACCGUCUCAUGGACAUGGGUAUACUCAGGCAGUCGAAGCUGCGCUCCAUCAGCAAAUCAGACACAGAGAUGAACAAGAUGAACUGCAACGGCAAAAGCCGGCAGCUUCCCCAGAUCCCGUCUGGCACCGGAGAGGACGGAGAGCACACGUACUCUGAGGUGGGUCGCAGCUCGUCCACCACUCGUACUGACGACGCCCUCUACGCCAUGGUGGGACGGGCCGGGCAGACGGACACUCCGGCCCCGCCGGCCGUCCCUGCCAACACCCCGGCGCCCCCGGACCCGGACGGGGACGUGGAAGGAGGGCUGCCGGAGCCCGAGGUCCUGACGCCCCCCCACGCUCCAGAGACGGCCGAGUACGCCUGCGUCAGGAAGUUGAGGAAGGCCGACAAGGCGCCUCAAAAGAGGGACAGCGGGACGGAUAUGGCGGAGCCGCCGGUGCCGCCUCCACGACACGCCCCGCCCUCACACCCCGCCCCUCCCCCGCCUCACCCUCACAGCACUAAGUUGCCCCGAAGAAACGUGGAGGCGUUCAGCGUCCCGUCGUUCCCAAAGGAAGUGAUGUUCAUGGGUAACGGGGAGCAGUACAUCUGGAAGCCUCCGGAGGACGAGGAGCUGCUGGCGCUGCAGAACAAAGCUCUGGGCUCGUUGGCGGCUCACACGAUGGAGAACAUCCAACCGUCUGCUGCCGUGGUGGCUGAGAUGUACUCGAAGGUGUGUAAACCAGGAAAGAAGAAAAGGCCGGUGCCGGGGUCUCCUCCAGCCAACCCCGGCUUCCGGACCCUUGGUCGUGGAGACCGGGACGGGGGGUUCAGUGUCGUGGUCAAACCCCAGACCUGGGCUCCACAGGAGGGCAAAGCGGCGGGAGGGCCCCUGGACGACCACUGCUACGAGUCCAUCGGGACCGAGGAGUGCGACCCGGCCUACGAGAACAUGGAGGGUGGAGGCGGCUGGAAGCGAGAGCGACCCCCCAACACCUGCGCCACCCUGCGGCCGAGGAGGAAGAAGGCCCAGCAGCCCUUGCAGCAGCAGCAGCCUCCUCCGCCGCCGCCGACGCAGCAGACGCCCAAGUUACAGCACCUGCCGGCCAAAGCCCUGCUGCUGCCGGGGGAGAACCUGUACGAGAGCAUCGGCGACCUGAAGCACGGCUCCGCCACGUCCAGCACCACCACCAUCUUCACUUUCAACGACGGCAUGGAGAUGUACGUGACGGGGCUCUGAGGCGCAGCGGCACUGUGACCCCCGACCCGAGGAGGAGUGACGGCUGAGCCCCUGUCAUGCUCAUCCUGUAACAUACUGUUUACAUCAAGUCAGAACAUCGGGCCUGCGACGGGCCACGUUCAAACCUUACAAGGAAUCCAAAGGUAGUGAAUAUUAAUGAGCACAAGACCAUCGCAGAGCGAUCUGAUGGUGACAGUAGCACUUCUAUAUCUCUGAUGCAUAUGUGCAAAGCACAAUAAAGUCAAAAGCCUAAAUUCUAGCGGCUGAAAAUAGUUAUUUAUCUGGUCCGAACGGCGUCGUGUGAAAUGUGUUGUUAGCAUCAGUCUGUCGCGAACGUGCAGCGGAAUUCAAAUCAUAUGAUGAAUUACUAAUCAAAAGACUUUCAGCUCAGGGACCAAGAGAAACUACUAUGAGAGUAUUAUAAGAAAAACUAAAUUGCACACAUUUUGCAUUCCUCUUAAAGGCUUCGACUGAUUUAAAUCAUUUUCAUAUUCAACACAAUAAAAUCAGCCAGAUUCUUCCUUCAUGUUUCAUCGGACUGAACUCGUCUCCACGUCGUCUGUAAAUGAACUCUUUUACUCUGUUGAUCCUGUUCCUGCACUUUGCCUGCUUCACGUUGCAUGCUACAAAAAAGUGAAGAAAAAAUACAAUCAAAAAAAAUCAAGCACUGUCAUGUGAUAUACCUCUAUAUGAAUGUUUUAUUUUCUAUUGUCGUUGGUUGUUCAGUUUAUUUUUCUAUCAGUGUGUUGCUUUAUUUCUCUGUAGAGCACAAAGCCAGUGAGAUGAAGGACUCACACACACACACACACACACACACACACAUACACGCACACACACACACACACACACACGUACACACUUACACACACACACACACAC